UAGAAGAAAAAACGCUCUUGUUUUUUGGUUCUCUUCCUCUCCGUUCAGUUCUGUUCUUCCCGUUUCUCAAGUAGAUCUCGGAACAAAUCCAAGAUACAGAGAGAUGGCCGGUGCACCUUCGCCUUCUUCGGUACCGAUCACUCCUCUUCUGAAGGAUGAGCUCUGAAGGAUGAGCUCGAAGGAUGAGCUCGAUAUUGUGAUUCCGACGAUCCGAAACCUUGACUUUUUGGAGAUGUGGAGGCCCUUCUUCCAGCCCUACCAUCUCAUCAUUGUGCAGGACGGAGAUCCAUCGAAGACCAUCAAUGUCCCCGAGGGCUUCGAUUACGAACUGUAUAACCGCAACGACAUCAAUCGGAUCCUCGGUCCCAAGGCCUCCUGCAUCUCAUUCAAGGAUUCCGCAUGUCGAUGCUUCGGUUAUAUGGUGUCUAAGAAGAAAUACAUAUAUACCAUCGACGACGACUGCUUCGUUGCCAAAGAUCCAUCUGGCAAACAAAUCAAUGCUCUUGAGCAGCACAUAAAAAACCUUUUGUGCCCUGCCACUCCGUUCUUCUUUAACACUCUCUAUGAUCCUUUUCGAGAAGGUGCCGACUUUGUUCGUGGAUAUCCUUUCAGCCUUAGAGAAGGUGCAAAAACUGCUGUUUCUCAUGGCCUUUGGCUCAACAUUCCUGACUAUGAUGCCCCGACCCAGCUUGUGAAACCCCUCGAAAGAAAUACCAGAUACGUUGAUGCGGUUCUUACGAUCCCUAAAGGGACUUUGUUUCCGAUGUGUGGCAUGAAUCUGGCUUUCAACCGUGAACUCAUUGGCCCAGCUAUGUACUUUGGCCUCAUGGGUGAUGGCCAGCCUAUUGGUCGCUACGAUGACAUGUGGGCAGGUUGGUGCGUAAAGGUAAUCUGUGAUCACUUGGGAUUGGGAGUGAAGACCGGCUUGCCAUACAUCUGGCACAGCAAAGCCAGCAAUCCAUUUGUGAACCUCAAGAAGGAAUACAAUGGCAUCUUCUGGCAAGAAGAGCUGAUUCCCUUCUUCCAGUCUGCAACUCUGUCCAAGGAAUCCACCACUAUCCAGAAAUGCUACAUCGAGCUCUCGAAGCAGGUGAGGGAGAAGCUCGGCAAGGUCGAUCCUUACUUCACCAAGCUUGCAGAUGCCAUGGUUACCUGGAUUGAGGCCUGGGACGAGCUUAACCCUUCACCUAACUCAGUUUCUGCCACCGCCGCAGUCAAUAAUGGCCCCGCCAAGGCUAAAUAGAUGAGUCUGAUUUUGCAAGCUUCGGUUAUCUUUACCAACGUUCGAUCAAUUAUUCGUAGAAUUGCGAAAUUUUACCGUACCUUAGAUCUAACUUCCCUGCUUCUUUGAAAAGCAUAUCAUUUUUCUCUCUGUUUUUUUUGUUAUAUUUCAUUUGCUUUUGAGUAAAGAACUAUGUUAUUUUGUUUCCAGAUGGCUAUAAAGUAUUAUUUACUUCAUCUUUAAA